UAGGAUGCUGAAAGUAGAACAGUUGCUGGAGAAAGAGAUGCCAGCCAAAGAGUCAGCAGACAAAGAGUUGAUGGACGAAGAGUUGCCAGCCAAAGAGUUGAUGGACGAAGAGUUGCCAGCCAAAGAAUUGAUAGACGAAGAGUUGCCAGAUGAAGAGUCAGCAGACAUAGAGUUGCCAGCCAAAGAGUCAGCAGACAAAGAGUUGCCGGACACAAAGUUGGCAGACAAAACCUUGGCAGACGAAGAAUCGGCAGACAAAGAUUUGGCUGACACUGAGUUGCCAAGCAUUAUAUCCAUAGCAAGGAAGAUAAAAUCAUUCAAAGAUCUGAAUUUAGAUGAUAGGUUAAAUAAAGCAGUUGCAAAAGUUCACUGGCCAAAGCCAACUUUAGUUCAAGCUGCAGCAGUUCCUCUUUCAAUGGAAGGAAAAGAUAUCAUUUGCCAAUCAAAAACUGGCUCUGGCAAAACAGGAGCUUAUGCAUUAAGUGCGCUCCAACUUCUGUUGAAACAGCCCACACCAGUUCCUCUGUCAGUUGUAAUCCUUGUUCCAACAAAGACACUUGCAACUCAAACCACUAAAGUUAUCAGAUCUCUUACUAAGUGGGCCUCUCUCAUUUCUGUGGUAAACCUGUCACAUUGCUCGAAUGCAGACUCAAUGAAGACAGUACUACUACAAGACCCUCAUAUUUUGGUUGGUACGCCGUCUAGUGUCCUGUCUGCUGUAAAGAAUGCCUCCCUCUCCCUAGCAGCCUUGUCUCUACUUAUUCUUGACGAGGCUGAUCUUCAGUUUUCUUAUGGGUUCUCAGGAGAUAUAUCUGAACUUAGGCAGAGCUUCCCUUCAGUUAAACAGACCAUUCUGAUGUCAGCCACCAUGUCUGUGGAAGUAAAGUCACUUUGUCUACAUCUUAAUGAUCCUGUUACCCUUGAUGUUACUGCUACAGGUCCUCAGGAGAACAAGUUGGACCAGUACGCAAUAAAGUGUAAUAAUGAUGAUAAGUUUCUGCUGCUGUACACCCUUCUUAAACUCAACCUUAUCAGAGGAAAAUCCAUUAUAUUUGUCUCAGAUACAAACAGGUGCUAUCAAGUGAAGCUAUUCCUGGAGCAGUUUUCAAUAUCGUCCUGUGUUCUGAACUUUGAACUGCCGGCCAACUGUUUAGCUCACGCUGUGGAUCAAUUCAAUCGGGGUAUUUACGAUACGAUAGUAACAAGUGAUGAUGCACAGAACAAAGACCAAAAUGUUGCUCGUGGCAUAGAUUUUCAGUGCGUAGACAACGUGAUAAACUUUGAUUUUCCUCCAACUCCCGAGCAGUAUGUGCAUCGUGUUGGGAGAACAGCUCGAGCAUUUAACACUGGAACAAGCUUAACUUUCUUAACACCCCAAAAUUCUGGGAAGUUUGAGGAACUGAAAAAGUUUUUAAAGAAAAGUUCAGACCAAAAUGAAGAGUUUAAGCCUUACAAUUUUAACAUGACGUCAAUUGAAGGGUUCAGAUAUCGAUGUAAAGACGCUUACAGCGCUGUCACAAAGUUUGGUAUCCAGGAGACAAGACGUAAGGAAAUUAAACAUGAAAUAAUGAACUCAGAGAAGCUGAAGACGUUCUUUACAGAGAACCCCAAAGAUUUGGAGGUUUUGAGGCAUGACAAAGUGUUGAAGCCUCGUGAAGUCAAGGAGCAUCUCUCAACAGUUCCCGAUUAUCUGGUACCUUCUGCUUUAAAAGGAAGUAUCAGACAGAAUAAAAGCAAGAAGAAGAGGGAAGUCGACUUUAGUAAUAAGAAAAGGAUCGGAAAUUAUAAAGGUCAGGCUUCAAAAAGGAAAGCUGAUCCCUUGAAAUCUUUUAAGUAUAAGAAGGGCAAGGAUGCUGAAUAGAUUUUUAAACGCUUCAUGGGAUUUAUUUUUUAUUUUAGAGUAGGUAAGAAUGCUUUUCAGUUUUCAGUAUCUACCAUGAUGCAAACCAGGUUUUUAUUG